UUGGUGGGAAGCCGGUUACUGAACUCAGGUGGGAGUGUAGGCGUCCCUCUCUGCUGGGGCUUGGCAAGGGCGUCCACCGGAUCUAACUGGAAACUUCAAGUUUCUAUCUCAAAGGAACUUUUGUUCCUUUUCUUUCAUCGCUCAGCCGUGGGCAACAAAUCUUCGUGGUACCAUCGAGAAGUCGGGCUCGACACGGCUUAUGGUGUCAGUGGCCCUGAUAAACCCAACACAGUAGAAGAAAAAAAGAAGAGAAGACUGUCUCCUCUUUUAAUAUAUGUAGCAUAGCGUCUCAUGCAGGAUAUAUGCACGGCCAGAUAAAUAUAAACAUUCCUGCAGCUGUGAUAGAUAAUAUGGAGGAUGAAUUUGAUCCAUACGGCCUUCCACCCGAAGUGACUACACCGCCCCAUGCCCUGAUUGGCAUGAUGGGAUUAAAUAUAACAGAAAAAGCAACACACAAAGCUGUUUGGGAAGCAUUUGCACUCAACCGGAGGACUGAUCGUACUCCACUGCACUUCCGACUCUUCUCUAAUGACUUCCAGAUGCCUCCUAUGAAACCAAAGAGACAGUCUUAUGAGUGGUAUGUACCCAAGGGUAUCCUCAAGUCGAACUGGAUCUCCAAGUAUCUGUACCAUGUGCCAGCACUUGUUGUCUUAUUCUAUGACCUGGACUGGAACGACACCAGCUGGACUGACAAGAAGAAUGACCUCGCUACUAGAGUUCACACACUCAAGAGUGUUUUGGGAAGUCGCAACAGUCGUGUAGCACUAGUUCUUAUCCAGAGUGGUAUCAGUGUACCUGGAGAGGACACUGGGGCAGCUGAGAAGGCAGCAACACUCUGCACUGCCUGUGAUCUACCUGCUAAACAUCUUUUUGUACUGCCACAUUCUGAUGCUCAUCUUCUGGGAUAUACUGUCAGGUUGGAGAAUGCAUUAAGUGAAAUUGCCUGGACAUUCUAUCUUGGUGAGACAAAGGGUGUACGAGCUCAUCGAGAUUUUCUUAACAAGACCACACACACACUGUUGUUUGUGAGACAUCAAUUUAAACUUGGCUUUCUCAAUGAGUUACGCAAUGAUUCACAAGCAGCUAUCAAGCACUAUGCUCAGUGUUACCACCUUCUUCUAGACCUACGAUCAACAGAUACCAACUUGCAUGAAAUACGCAUUGUUGCAGCUGUUGUAAACUACAAGAUUUGUCGCCUAGAUUUUGCCCUUAAUCUUCCUCGAGAUGCAAUAUCCCAGUUCAGACGUCAUAUUGAUUUGUUUCGACAAAGGACAGGGCCCAAAGAAUUAAUCUUUGAACAUUAUGCAUGGCUUUCAAAGCAAUACCAAAUUUUUGGAGAUGUGUUUGAGGAAGCUGUUCGAGGAGGUCUGCCUGCAGUACAGACACAACACCCAGGUUUCUACUAUCAACAAGCUGCUCAGUAUGCUGUUUUGAGGAGGAAGACAGCACUUCAAGUGUGUAAGGAUGUGUCAGCUCCAGUCUCAGACUUACUGGAGGGCUGGAGUAAGCUAGAGUUUUAUGGGCAGCGUCCCUGGAGACCAGGCAAACGUUCUCUUGAACCUCCAGAGCAACAGAGAGAAGCAGAGGGCAUAAUGGAGGUCCAGUACCAUGAAGUAAAAGAAGUAAAUCAUUCCAACACCAUCAUUCCAUUAUUUUCUUCAGCAAUUAGUCAGUUUAAGAAAUAUCGAUGUCCACGUAUUAAGCGACACCUUAUGGUUCAGAUGGCAGAAGAAUAUCAUCAAGCCAAUGAUUCCUCCAAGGCUCUUACCUUGCUGAAUCAUGUGAUGUGGGACUACCGAAGCGAAAAGUGGUGGAGUCUUUUAUCAUCUGUGUCGGCCUUGGCCCUUCAGUGUGCAUACAAUACCGCUGCCAUCACUGAGUACUUUGGCCUAGCCCUAGAAUUUAUGGGCACUAAGCUGAUGAGAUCAGAAGAGGAUAAGAAGAGGGUGCAUGAUAACCUAUUGAAACUUUUGAAUGGACAGUCCCCAGACCCAGAACCAGGAACACCCCAGAAUGUUACUGUAGCAACAGAAGCCUGGUCAGUUCUGUUAGGAAGCCAAGUAUCACCUGUCACUGUUGAUAUGACAACCUUAGUGCCAUGUCUUGAAGUGAGAGCUUCAUUUACACAGAGCCAGUUUCAUGUGGAUCAGGAAGUGGGUGUGAUAGUCAUGAUCAGGUAA